GAAAAAUGGAGGACCAUCGAACGGUGAAAAUAGAUAAAAUAUCAUUUGCUAAAGAACACUCGUUUAAGAUUUUAAAUAAGUUGCAUUUAUUACGGAAAGAGAAUUCGAUGUGUGACGCAACUUUGUCAGUCGAGGGCAAGAAGUUCCCUGUUCAUCGAAACGUUUUGUGUGCCUCGAGUGCUUAUUUUCAAGUCAUGUUCACGAGCGGAAUGGCAGAAAGCUUUGCAGAUCAUGUCGAAAUUCACGGUAUUCAAGCCGAUAUCUUUGAUGCAAUCCUCGAUUUUAUCUACACUGGUAAAGUGGAGGUCAGUGAGGAUAAUGUCCAACAGCUUUUACCGGCAUCAAAGAUGUUACAAAUCGAAGACAUCGAGGUAAUUUGUUGCGAUUUUUUGAAACAUGAACUCGACUCAUCGAAUUGCGUCGGGAUCUACACGUUUUCAGAUGCGCAUUCUUGUUUUAAUUUAUCAAAAUCAGCAUUGGAUUUCAUACACCGAAACUUUGUCGAAGUUUCCAAACAGGAUGAGUUUUUACAACUCACUAAGACUUCUUUGCUACAAAUGUUAGAAUCAGAAGAGCUGAAAAUUGAAUCUGAGGAACAGGUAUUCGAAGCAGCUAUGCGGUGGGUAGUGCAUGACUUAUCUAGAGGAAGAGAAGCUUUGGGAAAUAUUCUGGAACAAAUCAGACUUCCUUUGGUCUCCCCUAAAUUCCUUGAACAAUACCUUGUCACGUGUCAGAGUGCAAGCAUUAAAAGAAUGCUCGCAGGAAUUCUCGAUGGGUACCGAAAUUACCAAUCAUUAGCUAGAAGCCAACAGCGGGUGCACACUCAACCAAGAAGGGCCUCAAGAAAGUGCUUUUUUAUCAUUGGAGGUUACAGUCGGACAGUGGGAGGGCGAUGGAGUCAUACGUCCUCUCUUUACACUGUUGAGAAGUUUGACUCCUUUUCACAAACCUGUGACAGCUUCACCACAGCACAGAUGAGCUUUGCACGUAGUGGGCAUGCUGUGGCAUCAAUUGGAGGGCUGAUAUAUGCUAUUGGUGGUGAAAAUGAUUCUUUGAUAUAUGAUACUGUGGAAUGCUAUGACCCAGUGUUAAAUUCAUGGUCAGUUGUUGCACCUUUGACUGCACCCAGGGUAGCGUGUGGUGUCUGUGUUGUUGAAGACUUUAUUUUUGUGAUGGGUGGUUGGGUAGGGUCAGAGAUUGCAGAGAAUAUUGAAAGAUAUGAUCCAGAUCUUGAUCAGUGGGUAGUUGUUGGUAAGGUGGAAACAAAGAGGUUUCAUCUUGGUGUGGCUGAAAUGGAUGGAUUAAUUUAUGUGGCUGGUAAGUUCAUUGUCAUUUUUUAUUAUUAUUUGUGUUGCUCAAUUAUAUUUGAACAGGGUUUUUUUUAUGGAUUUCAUCAAUUCACAACCUUCAAUAUUGAAUCAUGCAGGCUGUCACAAUAUCAGUUUUAUAUAUAUAACUAUCUUUAAUUUACAAAUUUAAAGCAGCAGUCAUUUAGUUAGAGGUAAUUUUUUCCCUUCGAUUUCACAUUUAUACCAUUUGUGAUCUUAAGCAGAUGAUACAGUUAGUUUGAAGUUUAGGAGUUGGAGAAGUCUUCUAGUUUAACCCUUUAACUCCUAUGAGUGACCGAGACAGAAUUUCUCCAUACUAUAUCUAUACAUUACCAUGCAGACAAGUGAUGAGAAUUAUGAAAACCAUCAGUUAUGGGAUUACUAAUUGAUCCAAUACCAAAUUCUCCAAAGUAACAUAAUGAGAAUUGUUUGGUAGACAGUAAGGAGAAUUACUAAUGAAAUCUUGAGAGUUAAAGGGUUAAUGACCUUCCAUUAUCAAAUGAAUGUUAAUUAUUCUUGACUAGUAAUAAACCAUGAGAUCUAAGAGUGGGUCACUUUCAGGUAUUAUUUGACUGUGUAAAGAAAGAAGUGACACAUGAGGCAUAGCCAAGUGUGUCAUCAAUGUUUUGCCACAUUUUAGUAUCUUUUUUUGACAGAUAUUCAUGGAAUGUAUUUGUUUCAUAUGUCAAAAAAGAAAAAUGCUGUCAGUGGUGAUCUCAUUUAUGUGUCUGUCCUCCAAUAGGUCAAAAGUAAGAACCAAUCAAAAUGGGUGUAAAUUCUGCUUAUGAUAUAUGGUACUAAUUUUUUUUAUGGUAGGAUAACUGGGAUAAGGUCAGGCCAGAUGAGCAACUUGGCUCAAUUGCCAACUGAUAUCAAUUAUACUGCGAAAGAAAAAAACAAUCUUUAUUAUACUGAUAAAAAAAUUUACUUAUUUUUACCAUCAUCAAUAUGUCAUACUCACAAUGAAUACCAUUCAAUUUUUGUUUUGUUCCUUAUAUGAUUUUUAAGGUGGUUUGAGUGACCUAGGAGAGGAACUUAAGGUGUUUGAGUGUUACAACCCUGUCAGUGAUUCCUGGAUGAGGCAGCCAGACAUGCGUCACAGAAGGGCUUACCUGGGACUUGCAACAUUAGGUAGCGUCUUGUAUGCCGUGGGUAAGUAAACACCAAAGGAAAUGGUUAAAAAAGGUAUACAUAUAUUUUUUAUCGGCAACCAACAAUAUGGGUGGUAACAAAGAGAUAUUCCAGGUAAUAGCAGUUUGACUUUGUGUAUAGUAAAAGAUUGCCUCAAUAUACAAUUACAUGUAACUGAGUUUUUCAAAUUUUGUUACUGAAAAAUUUUACAGCAGAUGCUCAGAUCACUUUAAGAUUCCUGUCAUUUGAUUCUUUUAUUGUCUUUACAUGUGUGUUCGACCAGUUUCUCUCAACCCUUUAACUCCCAUGAGUAACCAAGACAGAAUUUCUCCUUACAAUACAUUGUGAUACAAUAUAUACAAUAUAUUUACAAUAUAUUUACAAUAUAUUUACAAUAUAUACAAUAUAUUUACAAUAUAUUUACAAUAUAUACAAUAUAUUUACAAUAUAUUUACAAUAUAUACAAUAUAUUUCUCAAUAAAAUACUAUAUCAAGUAGACAGGUGGUGAGAAAAAAGAAAAAUAAUUAGGGGAUUAUUAGUUGAUCCAAUACCAAAUUCUCCAAACUAACAUCACAAAAACUGUUUGGUAGACAGUAGGGAGAAUUACUUAUGAGAUCUUGGGAUUGAAAGUGUUAAUUUGAGUAGAGAGAGACUGAAUUAGUAUUCUUCAUAUUAAAUUCCUUUCAAGAAAUACACUUUGAAACCAUCCAAGGCAUGUUCUUUUAAAAUAGUCGAGAAUAUUCUUUUGACUCCACAAUAAUUGACCCUUAUUGCUCUACUUCAAGCUAAAAUUUUACUUUUGUGAAUUUUUAUGUUGUGCUCAAAGCAAAGAAAAUGAAUCAGCAUUGACAUAAAAAUUCUUAAAAUUGUUGGCCUUUGCAAGUAAGGUCUUCAGUCCCUUGGUAUUUAGAACAACCUAUAUACAGGGGAAAGAUGUUUUUUCAUCUUGUCACAAGCAUGAAACAAAGAACAAAUCCUGAGUCCCAAUGGGGAAUCGAACCUCAAUGCUUAAAAACUUUCCAUCCCUCUUAUUCUAUUUACAAACAUGAGGCUAUUAACAUUGCUGAUCCUGGUUGUAUGCAGGACGUGUGUCAUGUGAACUUUGUAAUAGACCUCACUCACCACAGAGUCUCCUUGGCUCAGUGGUAGAGCAUUGGAGCUCAGAAUCCUAAGUUCUGAGGUGAACUCAGGAUUUCUUCUUUGUCCCACACUCAUGGCAAGAUGUAAAAACAUCUCUCCCUAUUUCUUUACCAAGCUCAAAACUUACCAUCUCUCUUAUUCUAUUUACAUCCCAUUCUUUUUUUUCUAAGCAUUGUACAGACCUCACAGGCAGCAAGUAACAGGUCAUAUUUACUGCUUUGUCAAUAGGUGGCUCCAAUGAAUCAGAAGGAGCCUUGGCUAGUGUCGAAAGGUUUGACCUGGACACAAGUCAAUGGACAGAGGUAACACCUAUGGAGAGCCCAAGGGCUGGGCUGUCAGUAGCAGUUAGCAGUGGAUUGUUGUAUGUGUUUGGUGGGCGGACAGCUCGUGAGGAGUAUUCUCCACCUGUCACUUUAACAGCAGUUGAUAUGUACGAUCCCAAGGAGAAGAAAUGGAAACAUGUCACAGACUUGUGUUUUAGCCGGUGUGACUUUGGUAUUGGAGUUGUCUAACUUUGGAGUGGACUCCAGGGUAGAGAGGAACAUGGUCCUUUUGUCACUUUAACAGCAGUCAAUGAUUGUGAUCCCUUAAAAACAAUGUCUUGAGGAGGGAGACAGCCAAGAAAAAUUCUCUUCUGCCAUUUUUUUCCAAAUGUUGUUUUACAGAUGAACUGUAGACAUACAAUUCAUACAGUUAUUGCUUGACCAAUAACCUCCAUCAGGAAGAUUGCACCAUAUAGAAAUUGUAUAUUUCUAGUCGUUCAGUUUCAAUUAUUGUCUGAUAGCAAUGUGAUGCAAAUCUAAAAUGGCUCAUAGAGACUGCAGUGAAAAAAGAUUCAUAAAAUGUUUCAUGAUUACUUUCGGGUUCAUAAUAACACUUAUUUCCCAUGGUGAAUGUUUUUUUUUAUUUCUUUACUUUUAAAUCUAUCUUUCUCUUCUUUUUGACGGAAAGGAGUGUUCAGAAAGCAAUACAGUAAUUUUGUAAGCUGAGAGUAUACUGCUUCCCUUUUGCUUUUGUUUGGUCUUUUCUGUCUGUUUGAUCAUUUUAAGUCUCUUUUAGUUUUUUUUCUGCGUAACGGUUUCGCUAUAAUGCAUUGAAUUACGUUCUCCUUUACUUAACAAACUGCAACUUCUCUCCUUAUCAUUACAGAAGGAAAAGGCAAGAUCUCUAUGGAAGAUUUUCCAUAAUAACACCGGGCCAUUAUUCCUGACGUGAUUACUUAUGUUCUUCUUUACUUGCUGAUACCUAUUUCAAAUGGAAUUGUGACAUAUAUAAGUACAGACCUUCUCGUUUCAGUUAUGCGAUCUUCUUUUGGACUUAUCGACCAAUUCAACGGUUCUCUUGGCGUAAUCACAUGCCAGAGGUAUUUGAUAGUUCCUUGACAGUUCGGAUUUUGUGAUGUCUAAAAAAAUCCACUGGCAUAUUGCAAAUUAAUUUUUGGAAUAAAUCCAUUUCUUAGUUAUUGUCGUGGAUAAUUUCCUGUGAGUACAUUGUGCUAAC